AUGUGGAGCGCCGGCCCGAGAAUAGCCUUUAUAGGCUGUGGCAACAUGGGAAGUGCCUUGCUACUUGGCCUUCUCGAUGUCAUACACCCCGGGACAGGCUCCAGCAUUGGGAUUGAAAAGGUUGAAUCAAUCACCGCGUGUACCAACAGCGAAGAAUCUGCAGAGAGCCUUGAGAAGAAACUGGGACAGCAUCGGUCUUUUGUCCGGGUUCUGUAUCGGCAAAAUCAAGCAGCUAUCGAGGAGGCAGACAUGAUAGUACUGGGGUUUAAGCCAAACAUGGCAAAAAAGAUUCUCCAAGAGCCAGGAAUACGACAGUGCCUUGCUGGCAAGUUAGUCAUCAGUCUUCUCGCCGGCCUCUCCAUCACAGACAUCCAAGAUUUGAUCUCAGAACCAAACUACCCAGCUCCAUACGUCGCCAAAGCGAUCCCCAACUUGGCCUCACGAUAUCAACAAUCCAUGACUAUCAUCGAACGACCAUCACUUGACUUCCCCCCAGAACAUUUGGAAUUUCUAAGUUGGAUGUUUGGUCUCGUCGGGCGUAUCAAGUUCUUGGACGAGUCAUUAGUUGACGUCGCCUCAGUUCUCGUCACGACAUGUGUAGCAACUCUAACGGUGCCCAUUGAUGGAAUUCUGGAUGGCUCAGUCAUCGAGGGUUUCAAAAGACAGGAUGCCUUGGAGCUGGUUACUCAAGGCGUGGUUGGACUCGGAUCACUGCUGUCCAGCGGGAGCCAUCCUGCUGUUCUCCGCGAACAAGUUUCGUCUCCCAAGGGGACUACGAUUCAGACGUUAGUGACAGUGGAGCGGCAAGGAUGUCGAGCUACCUUUACUGAUGCUCUGCUUAAAGGGACAGAGCAUUUGAAAUCCGUCAAAGACAAAAAGCAGUAG